GGUGCUAGUCCGGGCUGCUUAAGAACUUUGUCAAUGAAAUUCAAAACUACACAUGUGCCUCCUGGGGACACACUAGUACACAGAGGAGAUAUACUUUCAGCCUUAUAUUUUAUUUCAAGGGGUUCUAUUGAAAUUCUUAAAGAUGACAUAGUUGUUGCUAUAUUGGGUAAAUAUUUUGUAUAAUUAAUGCUGUUUUGUUUUAAUUUAAAAAACAUUAUUUUUUGCAUAAAGUCCUAAAAUUUUGAUUGAUGUUUUGCAAGUAAAAAUUAUUUCAACUAAAAUAUCCCAACUCUCUAGAAAAAAAAAAUAAGUAACGAGACUUUUGAUUAAUGUAAAUACACAUUUAAUAAUUUAAAAAAAUCAGCUUUACCUUACCUGAUUAAUAAUUUUGUACAGGCAAAGAUGAUGUUUUUGGAGAAAAUAUAUGCAAACAUGAGACAGUUGGAAAGUCCAGCUGUAAUGUUAGAGCACUGACUUACUGUGACUUACAUAAGAUCCAUCGCAAUGAUUUACUGGAGAUUUUAGAUAUGUAUCCUGAAUUCGCUGAAGAAUUCAAAAGAAAUUUGGAAGUAACUUUUGAUCUUAGAGAUGUAAGUGGGUUUUUUUCUUAA